CCAGGACACGGAACGGACUGGAGCGGCGCAGAAUCGAAUAAACUCAGGAUCUUGAAAGUUGUGGUUAUUUCCAACCCUAUCGAGUUCGUUUAUAACGGACGGUUCAUGAAUGCUCGAAUCUAUUAAAGUGGUUAAUUCACAGAAAGAAGACCGUGGAGGGUGGGCAGAUUUUCAACUGCUAUGAGGAUUCUCAAAUUCUUCAUGGGGUACAGAUGCAGAACUCUAUGAACGCUGCCUGCUGUGUGACGUUGGCUUUGUUUGAAGAAGUUGCAUCAAACUGGUAACUCCCAAUCUGGGCCAGACAUGUCUGUGAUAGUGGGAGAGUGGCGGUUCAUAGCCCAGAGGGUCACCAGAAGCAUCACAUACUACUACACCAGCCGGACACCAGGGGGCAAUAACCCAUCCCCCUCUUCUCCCACCAUCUCCCCCACCUCCUCCCAUCUAGACACUCCUUUUCCCUCACCCUCCCUCUCCACCCCCUUGCUCCCAGACUUGCCCUCUCACCACAACGUUUCCUCAGUUCUCACCCCUUCCCCUUUGGAUGUACCAACCCUCUCUCCAUCCUCGCCCUCCUCCUCCCCCCGUCCCCUCCUCCUGCUUUUCCCGUGGCUGGGCGCCCGACCGGGGGCCAUGGCGAAGUACCGGGACCUCUACCUGGAACGCGGCCUGGACAUCCUAUCUGUGGAGAGCACUGUGUGGCACUUCCUGUGGCCUCGCUGGGGGCUGGAGUACGGGGCUGAGGUCCUGGAGGUCCUGGGAGACCCGCGUUUCAAAGGUCGCCCCCUUCUGGUCCACGCCUUCUCCAUCGGCGGGUACACCUUCACCCAGCUGCUCAGCCAGAUGGUCAGGGAGCCACACAAGUACCCAGGCCUGGCCCAACGGGUCGUAGGACAUGUCUAUGACAGCAUGGCGGUCGGGUCGCUGGAGCAUAUGGCUAAAGGCCUGGGUCUGACCCUGUUCCCUCAUAUCGAGCCCCUGGUGCGAUACACUGCUCUGCUCUACUUCUGGCUCUUCAAGUCCCAGACGGUGUACUACUACGACAAGUCAAUCCAGGUCUUCUACAACAGCCCCGUCACCGCCCCGGCGCUCUUCUUCUUCUGCGAGAACGACGCGCUGUGCGACCCCGUCGCCAUGGAGGCGGUCUUCGACUUCUGGAGGAAGCGGGGCAUUGCUGUGGAAACCAGGAAGUGGAAGGAGUCUGUGCACGCUGCUCAUCUACGCUGUCACCCAGAGGAGUAUCUCUCCACACUGGAUAAUUUUUUUCACUCGCUCAACAUCGCCCCCCCCAGGGCUAAGAUGUAGAUCAUUCAAUAAAGCCUGCAUACUCAUGUGCCAAAACAAAUGUUAUAACAGAUGUUAUAACAAAAUUAUAACAUAGUGUAGUCAUGUAGCAUGUAAACUUUUAUCCACAGAAACUUGUUUGCCACAUACUCAGCAUAUGGGUCACGAGGGAAUCAAACCCUCAACACACUAGUUUUACUUCCCUGUUGCUAUAAUAACAACAUAUCCAAUCCUAACUCCUAGCAUGUGUUUUGACUGUGCUACGUAUUAUUAUCUAUUUGUACAGAUAUAGGAUCUUAAUUUGACCUGCAUUGUCGUAGCAAAAUAAUGAAUGUUUAGUCCAUAAUGUUUCUUGAUCAGUGUUCAGGCUAUUAAAAGUUGGCAACAUUAAAAGUGCACUACUGUUAAUAUAAUUGUGUU